UUUUUUUUGCCUACUUCACAUAGUUUUCGUCGGUCAGUGCUUAGUCAUUGGUCAAACUUCUCCGCCCGCGAUAUCUCUCAUCAAAGUUUCGGAAACCCGCACUUAUACUUGAGCGUUUGUCAAACCGGCGAGUUGGACGGUGAUUGUGGCGCCGAGGCGUUGCUCUUUCAGGUAUGUCUAGUAUUGUUAGGCGUCCGGGAAUAGCAUAUAAAGUCUAAGGACUUAGUGAAUUUGUCUAGCCCCACAUUCACUCUUCAGCCGCGGAUAUAGCUAGUUAUUCUGUCAAUCGAAGAAACGAUCAUCCAUGUCUUCCACGCCAGCGUCCUCCAGCAAUGAAGCAUCCUCCAGUAAUACACUUAGUGCUUCAAGCUCCACCACUCAAACUGCUACCAGCGACGGAGGUAAGGUCAAGCAAACGAGGCGAAGACAACGCCUUAGCUGUGUUGAAUGCACCAAACGUCGCCAGAAGUGCGACAGGCAAUUUCCAUGCGGACUUUGCACCUCCCGCGGAAUCCCCCAUCUUUGCCGUUGGGAACCCAUCGUCGUUCGACCUCCGCCUCAACGGCCGCCGAUAAUUGCGACUGAGCCCACGGCGGAUCCCAAUGCCACCAUCGAGGCAUUACUGGCACGCGUCGCAGUCCUAGAGAAAGCUCUUUUGAACGAAAACGGUGGCCAGCGUGAUUUGGAUGAUGGCCCUGGCAGCAAUAUUCUGGACAGCAGCAUUCGCUCGGUUCACGCCGGUUUGAUCCCUGACUCCAGGGGCUCAAGUGUUGAGCAGGACGAAGAAGGGCCUAGGAGUACAGGCGGUCCCCGUGCUCUUCUCGACUACAAUGUUCAACUCGCUGCGGUUGCGCUCGCCCAGCUAUCUCUUGCCCCUCGAACCGAGUAUGUAGGUGCUGGAACGGUUCUAUGUGCCCUCCAUAAGUUGGGCGACCCAGAUCCCUGGCGUGUCCCAUACCCACAGUCUUCCACGACUACGACUACCCAAGUCCCUUCUAUCUCCAAGUCAGCAACCUCGAACCCCGUCAUUUCACCGAUUCGACGUCUGAUCUCUCAGCUCCCGACCCGCGCUCACGUCGAAGAGAUGUUGGACUCGUUCUUUGCCAUUCGAAAUGGGGAAUUUGGUAUCUCACAGCUCUGGUUCCGUACUGCCUGCCAGCAGAUGUGGUAUCACCUCGAUCUUCGAUGUACUUCGGAUUGCUUGUCCCAAGGAGGCUGUCCAGCUUGUCGGGAAGAAAUUAACCCACAUUGGCUCUCACUCCUUUUCGCAAUUCUUGCACAGUCCCCAAGCAACAGGCAAAAGGGCUUACAGUAUGCGAACCACUCCUUAGCCGCAAGAAGGAUCGUUGACGAUAUAUUGCUUUCUUCUCCGGCGUAUUCGGCAACUGAGGAUUCGGUUCAGGGAGGGGUUCUCAGUUGUAUGGCGGCCGCGUUGCUGUCUGCUUAUUUGGCAGAUCGCGGAAGGGUGAGUGAAGCAUGGAAAUUGUGCGGCACUGCAAUUCGUAAUGCACAAGCCUUGGGCUUACAUCGAGAUCCCCGAUGGCGCAAAUGGGAGGCAAUGGGACCUGUUGAGAAGGAUCUUCGGAUGGCUACUUGGUGGCUCCUAGCUGUGGGAGACCGCCUAUUGUCGUAUAUUCUCGGUCGCCCGCCAAUGACCAUCAGAGGAACCUUCGAAACUAUGCCAUGGCCGCCCAACACCUUCGGCGACGGCUCACCUAACCGAAUCGUCCUCUUUCAACGGAAUUUCAUUCUACUCACUGACCUUAUGUGCGAAGCUUCUAUCACGUGCUUAGGUCUAAGCGACCCCAUCUACUCAACCGUAGUCGAGAUGGAUCGGAAGUUUCAGGAGUGGGAAUCUCAAUUACCUUCUAUCUUGAGCUGGCGAAAUCGGGCUUCGACACCGAACCCUCAGCCAUCUGGUGGGCCGUUCGAUAGUAGUCCUGACGAGGCCGACCCAAUGACAUACUGUCCUCGCUUCAUUGAAAGUCAACGAGUCGUACUAGCGGCUUGGUAUUUAGACACUUUGAUGGGUAUCCAUCGACCGUAUUUGAUGCAUCCUCCUCCACGCGAACCACGAUCACGGCCUGGGAGUCCUCUCUGGUAUGAGAUAAAUCCAUCGAGGGAGCGAUGCAUCGAACUUGCCAUUGAGCUUACAAGCGUCCUAUGUCAAUACCAUACUAAAAUUGCUGGUCAACCUCUUACCGAACGGGUCCUCCCUAUCAUGCUCCCGUACUUCAUCUUUGACGGCGCUGUUGCUCUGGCAGGUGCUUUGUCUCAGGUUCCGCCACAUCCACGAGCCUCGGAAUGCUUGGAGCUCAUGGACAACGCCAUGGUCGCCUUACACGAAAUUGCGGACGCCACGAAGGGCGCCGUCGAUGGUGAAGGAGAGACUGCUAAUAGGGCGCUCAAGGUCCUCGCAGCAUUGCGCAGAGCAGGCGGGUGGGGGCUAGAUGAGAGGGAGAAGGGCGAGUUGGUCUCCAUGAUGGACUUCCAAGAGCAAAACGACACCAUAGUUGGGGUCAGAAUACCCCCUACCACUCUAUCGUCACACUCUUCUGGUUUCCAUGUCCGUGGCUCAGAGAGUGAGACAGAAGCGAAUUUCUUCCGCCAUCACACCACAUCGGCACCUUUCCCUACUCAGUUGGGAAGUGUUCCUCCGCAUGCUGCAUCAUCUACCUUCUGGAUGAACUCUAUCAUUUCAAACGCACCAAAUUCCUUUGGAGGGACGUCAUCGGAUAUUUCCUCGUCGCUGGCCUCCGACUUUCAGCAGUUCUCAAACACGGGCGGAGAGCCUUCACUGCAGUCUCAGAUCCCAGGUAGAGCAGAAUCUUCGUUAAGCCCUUACAUGGUCUUACAGGGUGUUCAACAAUCUUCUUCCAACGAAGGUUUGGUCGAUUUUGAUAUGGAUUGGGUUCGCCUUGCGGGUAUGGAGAACUGGUAUAGCGGAGGAAUGACCGGCGGCGGGUCUGCUUAAGUUGUUGGUUUUGUAACUUAUGCCAGUAUGUCAGAAUUUGUUUUGAUUUUACAGUAUGUUGUGAUUACCCUUGCUGUCGUACCGAUAGAUCAUGGUUCCUCCUGCACUAAUUAUCGGAAUAUAUCGAUCUCAUUUCACAUGCUAUCUCUACAGCAGUUUCAUCUGAAAACCCGCCGUUUGUACCACGAAACUAAGAGUUACUGCCUUUGCAUGUUCUCUGGCACUAAGGGUCUCUACACAGCUCUGCACACUGGCAAUGUUGCGUCUCGCACCCCAGCUAUUUAUCAGCUUCAACGUCUAAUAAUUAACGAUAAUAGCG